CAUGCUUUCGUUAUUCCAUGGGCAAUUGCUCCCAUCGCACUUCAAUAUGUCUCACAGAUGUAUUUUGGACGAAAUUGGAGCCGCCUAGAAACAUUUGGCGUCUAUACAGCCAACUUGGCAGCCUUUGGAUUAACCACGGUCCGAUACUUGAGAAUCCUCGGUGAAAAAUAUGGCCAUUUGGAUGCCGCUAACAGAGAGCGUGACCGUGUUGCCCAAAACAGAGUCACUCCCUUGACACUUGGGCUUUUGGCUACUAUCUCCCUUCGCACCAUGAUGGCAGCCAUUAUUGCUUAUAAGCCUGGUCGCCUACCCCAGGUUUCAUGGAAGCUACCCAUCGAUGCAGCUUUAUACAUGGUGGCAGUAGAUUUCUUCUUCUACCUCUAUCACAGAGCUCUCCAUCAAAUCCCAUGGCUCUGGAAGAUCCACAGAACCCAUCAUACCACCAAGCAUCCCACCUCGUUGAUGGCACCCCUUGCAGAUCAUAUCCAGGAAACAUUCGACAUCAUCGUUAUCCCUCUUCUGGCCUAUACCUUACGGCCUAUUCCCUUUGCCCAUUGGUAUAUUGCUUGCGUAUAUGUCAAUUUCAUCGAGUUGGCUGGCCACUCUGGUGUUCGUGCUGACAUGGGUCACCCCGUCAUUGGACCUUUGCUUCGUCCAUUCGGUCUUGAUCUUGUCGUUGAAGAUCACGAUCUCCACCACCGACUUGGAAAGCGCGCCGGCAACUUCGGCAAGCAAUCUCGUAUAUUUGAUACCUUGUUUGGCACCACCAGCCCUAGAUAUGAAACU